UUUUUACUUUCUCACAAGUGAGUAGUUAUUUAUCAAAUAAUGACAAAAUUCACCUAGAACUGUUACUUUCUCGUUUUCAGCACGAUAUGCGAAAAAUAUCGGUUAGUUUAGCAAACGAUCGCGUUGAGUUGCAACGCCUGAAAAAUAGAAAACAAGAUCUCACUCUCAUGAUGGACGGCGGGGAGAAACAAUUGAAAUUCUUAAAAUCCAGUAACGAAGAAAAACAAGUCGAGGAAAACAUUCUCAGACUAAAACUCUCACAAGCCGAAUUGGCGACGUCGAAUGUUGGGGGCGAGGUGUACAAUUUGGAAAAGUAUAGAAUUCAUUUGGAAGCCGCAAUGCAAGAGAGAAGGGCAGAAAUCAAAGCUCAGAAGGAAUCGCUUAAUAUCCGUAAGAGGAUGUCUUCAAACGAGUGUUCAGAAUUGCGAUUAGUUAUCAGCGAGAGGAAUGCUAGGAUAUGUCAACUUCAAGCCCGAUAUGACCUCAACAUUGCAGCCAUGGGUAAUACGGAAGAUGGUACCCCAUUAACGGUGACCUACUUGAAGAUUCAAUGCGCCCAAGAAAGAUACUUACUUCAGGAGCAAGGCGAUAAACUGGACGAGACUAUCCGAAAAACUGAGCGCGAAAUUCAGAGUAUGGAAAACACCUUGAGAAUCGUAAACGCCUGUAAUGAAAAUUACAAGGCAAAUAUGGGUGCAAUGGAUGAGGUCGAUCCGGAACAAGAAGAACGCGCGAAACUCGAUUUGAAAUUGUUGGAAGCUAUCGAGAGAAAUGCUAACGUAGAAGCGCAGUUAAUACAAGCAAAAGCCGAUUUAAAGACGAUGCAGGAGAAUUAUCUACAAAGCAUAAAUGAUAUAGCCAGUGCUAAGGAGGAAAAAGAUCGUAAGCAAAGACACCUGGCUAACAUAGAGCGUCAGAUCACAGAGCAAAUGCAAAAAAUCUUGAGAGCCGACAAAUGUCUCCGUAAGGUCUUCAAGGAAAUUCAACGUAUGUGUGCCUGUACGGAAGAUAAGAUUGUUCUGCUUCAAGAGGGAGACAUCGCGGCAAGGGAACUUCAAGAACAAAACGGAUUGGCACUUCAGCACAUCACCGAAUUUACCGUUCGUCACGUGGAAGCAGAAGCUUACGUGAAAAAUUUACUUGCCACCAAAAACAUGGUUCUACCAUGUACGACUCAUUUGAUGUCUUUGACAUCAUCAAUGCAGUCCUUACACUCAUCAUCUUCACGGUCGUCAUCCUCCGUGUCUGUACCGCCAAGCAGAAAUGACACCAUUACAAGUUCGAAGACUUUUACAGGGAAAUUAAGCGACACUAAUUUGCAAUGUGUUGCACAUGUGCUCCGAAUUUCACCUUGUUUCGGAGAUGUAAAUGUCAGCGGAUCAUCCAGGAAAUCUGUAACCACUGUCGAACGAUCCGUGAAGGUCAGCGAUAAGUCACAGCGUGAUAAGCGCAGUUCUGGUAAGAAGCAAUAGAGAGUGUCUUUAACAAAUUCUGUCGAGUACGAUUAUGUAGAUUUCAAGUAGUUACGUGAACUCAUAUCCUGUGCUCAAAUGGUAAUACAUUUUGCGAAUUUCAAGUUAACGUAGCAGUUAAAUAUAUAUGUACCUCGACAUCACUCUAAUCUCACGACACUCA